AUGUCAAGUAGAGGAAGUUCAAGUUCUGUCUCUGCACCAUCAAAGAGAGGAACAGUAGCUAGGAGCAGCACCAAGCACAGAGAGGAAAAGGAAUCAGCUCCAAGGAGGAUAGUGAAAGAAACUAGAGCUGUUGUCAUAGAUAUUGGUACUGGCUACUGUAAAUGUGGUUUUGCAGGAGAACCUAAGCCAGCCCAUGUGGUCUCAUCUACUGUAGGUAAGCAUUUCCAGGAAACUGCGAAAACAGGAGAUAACAGGAAGGAAACCUUUGUUGGUAAAGAACUUCAAGAUGCAACAAUACCCUUGAAGCUUGUCAACCCUUUGAGACAUGGAAUAAUAGUGGACUGGGAUUCCAUUCAGGAUGUAUGGGAAUAUCUUUUCCAUAAGGAGAUGAGGAUUCGGCCUGAGGAACAUGCAGUUCUGGUAUCAGAUCCUCCACUGAGCCCUACCACCAACCGAGAAAAAUAUGCAGAAAUGCUCUUCGAAACCUUUGGCACCCCUGCCAUGCACAUUGCUUACCAGUCUAGACUGUCAAUGUAUUCCUAUGGAAAGACAUCAGGUCUUGUCGUGGAGAGCGGCCAUGGUGUCUCCUAUGUGGUUCCUAUUUAUGAAGGCUAUACUAUGCCUAGCAUUACAGAAAGGGUAGACUAUGCUGGAUGGGAUGUCACUCAGUAUUUGAUGAAGCUAUUAAAUGAAUCUGUAAAAUUGUUCACAGAGAAACACUGGCAUGUCUUGGAAGAUAUCAAAGAGAACUAUUGCUUCACUUCACUGGAUUUUCCACAGGACUCGUCUCUGCCUUCCAGGAAGCAUGAGAUUGAGUAUGAACUACCUGAUGGGCAGACCAUCAUUCUUGGCAAAGAGAGGUUCAUGUGUACCGAAAUGCUCUUCAAACCCUCCUUGAUAAACUCCCAGCAGCUGGGGCUUCCUCUUUUGACCAUGACUUCUCUGAAUAAAUGUGAUGUCGCCCUCAAAAAGAACCUGAUGAGCAACAUCUUGUUGUGUGGGGGCUGUACCAUGAUCAAGGGCUUUGCUGACCGCUUCCAGAGAGAGCUGGUUCGAAUGUGUCCAAAUGAUAAUCCCAUUUCAUCCGCUUCGCCUGAAAGGAAAACAUCAGUAUGGACCGGAGGCUCCAUCCUGGCAUCCCUCAAAGCGUUCCAACAGCUCUGGGUUCACAGGAGAGAAUACGAAGAACGAGGUCCUUUUUACAUCUACAGGAAAUGUUUCUGAGCUCCUGAAGUGACUGAGUCUGUUCCUUUUAGCCAAAAUCUGCUCAGCUGGAUCCAGACUAAUCAAAGAAGUUUCACACUUUCUUUCCCCCUUGUACUCGCCAGAAUAUUACUUGGUCUGUGAACACUGAUGAAUGGUUUACUUGCUGUUCUCCCUCUAUUAAAAGCUCCUAGUUGUAGCUGCACAAUGUUAGCAAAGUGGUUUUCCAUUGCUUGUUGUAAGGGACAGACAGAAAAGAGAACAAAGUGGUAAAUGGGUAAGACCUUUCUAUCAGAUUAUCCUUUACCAAUACCUUUCAUGGACUAACCCUCAUUUAAAUAAAUAGGAAUAACAUUUGAAUAGACAUAUUAGAUUGCAUUAUUACUCUCACUUGAGACAUGGGAUUUUAUUGCAGUGAACAUGGGUAGGGUCAGGUUGCCCUUCUGUCUUGUAAGCAGAACAGCAGGAAGGGUAGCAGAGAUAACAUGAAGCACUAUUUCCAAAGGUGAGUACAGGUUGAGUCCCCCUUACCUGAAAUACUUGGCACCAGAAGUAUUUUGGAUCUUGGAAUAUU